GAAAAGCAACACAAAAAGGUUCCUCUUGGCCUGACUGACCAUUCAUGAAUCCGGAAUGAAUCUAUGCACAGUGAAAUUAGUUCUUCGUUUAUCUUCUAUAGUACCUCAUCGACAUUUUUGUAUUUUAUAAAUUGUAGGAUUCGUAAUUUCUUCUUUGAUGGUCCAAGCUAGGUGACACAACUUAAAAUUCACGAAGCUAUCAAAAGCUUUGGUUUAAAUAGCGGAUCGCCCACUAUGAGGAUAAAUGAAAAUACUUUACUGGAGGGAAAGAAGAUUGUUCUGGUGCCUUACAACUCAAACCACGUACCCAGGUACCACGAAUGGAUGGGCUCGGAGGAGCUGCAGAAGCUGACCGCUUCGGAACCGCUCUCGCUGGAGCAGGAGUUCGAGAUGCAGCGCAGCUGGAGAGAGGACGAUGACAAAUGCACCUUCAUCAUCCUCGACAAGCAGAAGUGGGAUGAGCCCACCGUGCCGGAGGAGCAGUGCAUGGUGGGAGAUGUGAACAUUUACCUGACCGAUCCCAGUGACCAAUCACUGGCAGAGGUGGAGAUUAUGAUCGCAGAGCCCAGCUACAGAGGAAGAGGGAUUGGGAAAGAGGUGACGCAGAUUAUGCUGUGCUAUGCUUUCACCAGACUGGGCAUCAGGAAGUUUGAGGCCAAAAUUGGCCUGGAUAACACAGUGAGCAUCGCCGUGUUCAAAAAGCUGGGCUUCGGAGAGCUCUCCGUCAGCGAGGCGUUUCGGGAGGUGACCCUGGGCAUGAAUGUUGAUGAAGCGGCGAACCCACUGUUGCUAUGCAACACAGACUUACAGGAGCACGAGUACAGGAAGGCUCGGGACAGUCGUCACUGAGCCACGCCCCCAAACCAGAACUCACAUGAUCUGGGAUUGUGACCUAUCAUCAUCAUCGUCAUCUCCACAGACGUCACAUGGUGUGGCGUGACCAAUCAUCUCUGCAGGGGCCUUGACUUGGACCACCCAAGUGCAAAACCAUCUGCCCCCCAACACUGUACACUACUGGCCUUCAGAUAGGGAAGGCCAGUAGGAAACUAACUGUAAUGAAAGCAGCGACGACCAUUAGUUAGAUUAGAUCGCUGUUGUUGGUGUAUCCUCUACCGAGAGACCAUAAGUCAGGGAGAUUCCGUCUCCGCAAUGUUCCAUUCAGUGUGUUACUGUGUCAGCUCGGGGUUACUGAGGCCUGUUCUGAGAGAUGCACACACCAUUUGUAAUACCAGUAUAACAAAUAUUACAUUUGAAAUACAAGUAUAACAAAUAUUACAUUUGAGAUACAAGUAUAACAAAUAUUACAUUUGAAAUACAAGUAUAACAAAUAUUACAUUUGAAAUACAAGAAUAACAAAUAUUACUUUUGUGUGAAAAUGUACUUUUACGUCACCUUUGAUAAAAGCAUUCAUAACACUAAAGUUAUAGUCUUGUGAUAUUGUAGUGUUGUUACCUAUGCUUUGCUUGGAUUAUAUUCUUACAGUAAACACAAGAACACAAACUUUGGCUCUUUCUAGAACGUU